AUAGUAUCUAAUAAGCUUAUAGCGUAAUGGUGCAUUUUAGAGAUGAGUUGAGAGAGCCAGUGAGUCCUUUGGGACAGUGCCUUGACAGCAAUAUUCUGUGCGUUUAUAUUCUUGCUGUCUUAGAAUUUGAUGUUCCAAUCCAUAACUUGCAAAUUGCGUCUUUGCUUAGAGAUGCUUUUCUUUCCAUCCCUCGCUUCACCUCUAUAAUGGUUCUGGAUCAAAAAGGAGUGAAAAGGUGGAAGCAAGUUGAAGUGAAGUUGGAGGAACACAUCACUGAGCCCACAUUCAUAGAUGGCAUGUCGAUGGAUUCAUAUGACAAGGCUUUUGGUGACUACUUAUCAAGGAUAACAAUGGAGAAGCUACCACAAACAAAGCCAUUAUGGCAAGUGCAUGUAAUCAAAUACCCAACAAGCAAUGCUGCGGGAACAUUGGUAUUCAAAGUUCACCAUGCAGUUGGAGAUGGUUACACCCUAAUGGGUCUUCUUCUUUCUUACCUACAAAGAGCCGAUGAUCCAUCUCUCCCUUUAUCUUUUCCAUCACGCAAAUCAUCCAAAAUUACUAGCAAUUGCUUUGAUCAGCUUCAAAAAGUGCCUAAGUUUCUCUCUACAAUCUUCAAUUCCGUGUCAGAUUUUGGAUGGAGCCUUAUGAAAAGUACUUUGCUUGAAGAUGAUAAAACACCAAUAAGAUCCGGAGCUGAUGCAGUUGAAUUUCGGCCACCUGUGGUAUCAAACAUCUCAUUUUCGAUUGACCAUAUCAAAGAAAUUAAAUCUAAGCUUGGAGUGACUGUAAAUGAUGUGAUUACUGGAAUAAUCUUCUACGGGAUUCGACUUUACAUGCAAGAUAAUGACUAUAGAUCAAGAACACUGAAGUCCACUGCUAUGGUAACAGUGAACAGAAGGAAUGUUAAAGAUUACCAGAAAGUGCAGGAUAUGCUAAAGACUAAUGCAAAGGGUGCUUGGGGUAACCAAAUUACUUACUUGCAUGUGUCAAUGCCGAAAUUAAAAGACACCCAAAUUUCGAAUCCACUCCAAUUUGUCAAGACAGUACACACUUCAAUCAAGAGGAAGAAACAUUCUUUUGCUACUGUUUUGAUUCACAAGCUUCUACUACUGAAGAAUAAGCUCGAAGGCUCUGAGGCAACGGCUGAACAUAUCCAUAGGACACUCAGAAAUUCAAGCUUGGUGAUGUCAAACAUGAUUGGACCACUUGAGCAAAUGGCUUUUGGAAAUCAUCCCAUAAGAAGCUUCUUCUUUACGCUGUCUAGUCUUCCUCAGAGUCUUUUAAUUACAAUUAUGAGCUAUAUGGGAACGUUAAGAGUGACAAUUGCAACUGAAAAAGGAUUCAUAGAUGAGCAAAAGUUAGUGGGGUACCUAAACCAUGCCUUUGAGAUAUUACGCCAUGAAGCAGCCAAUAAAGUGUAG